AUGUCUUCAUCUUCAACUCUCGCAAAACGUCCUCCUAGUCCAACUGACAAAGAAGACGUGAAGAAGAAAAAAAAUAUUGACGCGCAAUAUGCUCUAGAACUAAAACUGUCUGAACAUCCUGAACGUCCAAGUAUCGGUUCUUCUGGAAGAAAAGUUAGCGUUAAAACUAACUAUUUAAGAGUCCGUACACUUCCCAGUGGCUCCCUCCUUCAUUAUAGCUUUGUCGUGGUACCUGAUGUAAAGCCCCCUUUAAUGACAAAGAUUUUUUCUCAGUUGGCUUCUCAAGGAAGUUUUGGAAACACGUGUCCCGUAUUUGAUGGAAAUAGCGCUAUCUAUACAUGUACUCCCUUGCCAAUCGGUGAUGAAAAAGAUACUUCAAACAUUCAGACAUUUCUCGUAACGAUCCGUAAAGUAGAAAAUAUAGAAAUGGAACGACUCAUGGAAUACCUUAAGGAAAAAUGUUUAAUGACAAGUCAAAUUCCAACUUGUAUUACAAUUCUUAACACUGUAUUAAACUAUGGUCCAAGAAAAAGUUAUGCUGUCGUGAAACAAGGAAUUUUUCCUAGUGACCCUAAUAAAAGGCCUAUAGUUUUGGCUGGUGGUAUCGAAUUGAAGAUAGGAUUUUGUCAAUCUAUGCGGCCAGGAUGGGAUAACAUGUUGGUGAAUGUUGACAUAUGUGCUGGCCUUUUUUACCCAGCAGUAUCAUUGAUCGAAUUUUGCCGACAAACUUUGAAUAAGAAUAAUGUCAACGACCUCAGGCGAGGAGUUAAUGAUUAUGAAAUGCGCGACCUUGAACGUGCUCUCAAAGGCAUCAAAAUCCGAGUUACGCAUCGUGGUGAUCGUAAAUUAGUAAUUAAGGUGGAACGACUCUCUUCUAAAGCUGCGGAUGACCUUUAUUUCAAAAAUGAAAAAGAAGGUCGAGAUAUGUCCGUUUCCGAAUAUUUUGAAAAAAAUUAUAAUCGUAGACUUGAAUUCAAAUCUCUUCCUUGUAUCAUGGAUAAAAAGAAGAACUAUAUUCCUCUUGAAGUAUGCGAGAUAUUAAAUAGUCAACGCUAUGAAAAAUCUCUUAGUGAUAAGACUAAAGCAGACAUGAUAAGAAAGACUGCUAUGCCCCCUCAAGAUCGAUUUCAUAAAAUAGAAGAAGGUAUUAAUCAUAUCUUUAAUUAUAAAAAUGAUGAAAAUCUUAAAGAUUUUGGCAUAGAAGUCGACCCAAAAAUGAUGGUCAUUGAAGUUCUAGACACUCCAAAAGUGAAAUAUGCAAGAGAUGAAUUCGUACCUCAAAACGGCCGCUGGAACCUGAUAAACAAAAUCUUUGUUAGAACUAGGACGUUGGUCAACUGGUCCAUUCUUGUGUUGGAUCAACGUGCCAACAAUCAGGUUAAAAAUUUCGCUAGAGAGUUUAAAACUACUCUGAUUGAAAGAGGGAUGGAAAUGGGAAUAGCAUACGCAAAGGCCAGACUCGAUAGAAAUCAACAAGUGCAAAUCAUUAUCAUAAUCAUUCCGAAGAAAUCUAGUGAUAUCUACGGAAAAAUUAAACGAAUUUCCGAUACUGAACUUGGUAUUCCGACACAAUGCAUCCUUUCCGAGAGAUUAAGGAAACCUAAUAAUAAAGCUUGUUGGAAUAAUAUUGCUCUAAAAGUAAAUGCAAAGUUGGGUGGACGCAACUCAAUUCUUGUCGAAGGACAAUUAGAUUAUGUAACUAAUGUAAAAAUCCCUACAAUGAUCAUGGGCGCCGAUAUUUCACACCCAGGACCUAGUCAAUCAAUGCAACCAAGCAUUGCUGCCGUUUGUGCUUCAAUAGAUGUUAAUGGUACAACGUAUUGCGGUCAAGUUAGUGUUAAUGAAGAAAGAAGAAAUGAAACAAUCGAAAAACUAGAAGAAAUGGCCACAGAAUUACUUCAAAUAUUCAGUCACAAAAAUGGAUGUCUACCUCACAGAAUGAUCUUCUACCGUGAUGGUGUUAGUGAAGGUCAAUUUUCUGGAGUCGUGAAAAAAGAAGUUAUUGCUCUAAAAAAAGCAUUCGAAAAACUUUAUGAACAAGGAAAGUCACCUCAGUUGACGUUUAUCGUCGCUCAGAAGAGACAUCAUACAAGAAAUGAUGCUGAUCAAAAAGGAAAUUGCCGUCCAGGAACCGUUGUGGAUCAGGAGAUUGUUCAAAAAAAUCAUUUUGACUUUUUCCUUCAAUCUCAUUCUGGGAUUCAAGUCCCACCAAUCGCUUAUGCACAUCUAUUAGCAGCACGCGUUAGAAUGUAUCCGCAAGUAAUGGAUGCGAAUACUGUUUCAGGUUUCCAAGGUCGUGGAUCAUAUGGCCGUAAUAACUCUAGACGAAGAGACGAUACAACAGAAGAUGCUAGCGAUUCCGAACAGAAAACUGCUGAAUCUGGUCACAGUGAAGGAAGUUCGAAUGGUGUAACACUUCCUGAAAUUCAAGCUGUGUUAAAAAGUGCGAUGUAUUUUGUAUGA